AGUAAAAAACAAAACAUCCGCACAUCGGCGAAAUUGUUUUGCGUAAGGUUGGCCUUAAAAGCCCCGAAAACAACCGAAAUGGUUCUCUCCCCGGAUGUGAAAGAACGCCUUGGUGUGGUUUUUGAAAUAGUGAAAACAUCUUUCCAUUGGGGAUUUAUCCCAACACUCUUGUAUCUAGGUUUCCGGAAGGGCGCCGAACCUGGAAUGCCGCCUCUUGCAAUCACUAACCUGUUGUGGUAGGGAAGAAGUAGAGUUUCCACCCAAUGCGUUAAAGUAAUUGGCAAUGAACUACUAUCGUCGAAAUAUAUAAUGUUAUGAAAACAUGACUACA